AAAGAAAGAGUUGGAUACAAACUCACGUGAUUCAUUCCAUUCUCCACAACUCUUCAGUCUACAACAGAACCAAUUGGAAACUAGUGAAGUUGGCGCAAAACCCAGGCGAUUCAUUCCAUAGUCGCUGCCAGUGUGUGUUAGAGCUUUCAAAAUUGACCUAGCCACUGGCUCGCUGCUGUGUAGAGUAGAGCUGUGCGUGUGCUGUUGUUUCGUGUUCGCUUCCUCGUCGUUGUCGUUCCUCUGUAGCCUGUAGCGAUUCGUUGUUUCCAGUCUUAGGUGCUUACAGUAGUUGAUUCGAUCCCAUGAAGAAAGUUAGAAACUUGAAGAAGAGAUUGGAAAGACCCGUUGAGUUGGAUAAAAUCAACAAUGAGACUAGGGUUCAAGAUGUCGAUUGGAUUUGCUCUCUUUCAGAGUCUGAGAUUGAUUUUAUGAUUAGCUUGAAACUGUUGAUCACAAAGCGAGCAGAAAGGAUAGGGUGUAAAAACUUGGCUGACAGAUUUGACCUUAAGACGAUUCGAGCUAUUGCAUUUGUUUUGAUGGAAAAUCUCAAAACAGAGGUAAAAGAAACAUCACUUGUACCAGACACGGUAAAAUCUACUGCCUUCUUAGAUGCUUGCAACAUACUUAAAUGUAGUAAUGUGGUUUCUGCAACUAUUGAAGAGCUUAGUAAAACUGUUGGUGCUGAUAUACAACCUAUUCUAACAAGUUCGACGCCAACUUCCAAACGAAAGAAGCGGAAAGUUGGAAGCAAAGAGUAAGAUUUUAUCCUGGAAGGACCUGAAAUUUAUUCUCCUUAUUUUGUUGUCCUUACAUGUGCUGUGAAAACACUGAUUUUGAGUGUCUCCAUAGGCUAAUUAGCUAGUAAUAUUUUUUUAUUUGGUUAGCAUUAAAUAUUUUCUGCAAGAUUGUAUAUAUGUGAGAAAAAACCAGUGCGGAAAAUGAAGAUAUGAAGUUUUGCAAUCUUUCAAUGA